AUGGCAGGAAGUCGUCUCAUUACUGGACUGCUUACCUUACUUUUAACCUUCAAAGCAUAUCCUUGUUUAUCAUCUCCGUGCAUGAAUGGUGGGUUGUGUUCAAAAUGGAAUGAUUUCUAUGAGUGUAUUUGCCCGCGGCACUACACAGGAGUGGAUUGCCAAAUUGUAGUACCUGACGAUGCCUGCUAUGAUGGUGAAGAGAUGUUAUAUAAUGGCGAAACCACCUUUAAUGACAUCUGUAAGCAGCCGUGUGAGUGUAAAGAUGGUGUAAUAACGUGUAACAUCACCGAUUCGUGCCCAGAACCUGCAUGUACCAACCCCGUGUACCUACCGUAUCAAUGCUGCCCCAUCUGCUUGCCUGAAGAAAAAUAUGGAUUUUGUCCAGAAACUACUUUCUCUGAAAUUGGAACGUGCGAAGAAACGUGUCGGCACGAUGCUAAUUGUAACGGUAACCAGAAAUGCUGCUUCAACGGCUGCGGGUUAUCGUGCACGGAUCCGCAAUCAGAACCAACAACAUUAUGUGAGCAAUCUCCUUGCCAGAACGGAGGAACUUGUAUUGACAUUUUAUCUACUGUGAUUAUGUGUCAGUGUUCUCCGGGUUUUCAUGGAAGACAUUGUGAAAUACCAGAUGGACAGCCUUGUUAUUAUAACGACAAAUUUUACAGGGAUGGACAAAUGGAACACUAUUAUUAUUGUUAUAACUGGUAUGUAUAUCAUUAA